AAGAGAACUUUUAGAAAGUACUCUUAUAGAGGAGUUGAUCUUGAUCAAUUAUUAGACUUGACUAGUGAUCAAUUGAUGGAUUUGGUUCAUUGUAGAGCAAGACGUAGAUUUCAACGUGGGCUCAAACGUAAACCAAUGAGCUUAAUUAAAAAAUUACGUAAAGCUAAAAAGGAAGCUCCUCCAAAUGAAAAACCUUCGGUUGUUAAAACUCACUUACGUGAUAUGAUAAUUGUGCCUGAAAUGAUUGGUUCUGUUAUUGGUGUUUAUAAUGGAAAAACUUUUAAUCAAGUUGAAAUUAAGCCUGAAAUGAUCGGCCAUUAUCUCGCGGAAUUCUCCAUCUCAUAUAAACCUGUUAAACACGGUCGUCCUGGUAUCGGUGCAACUCAUUCUUCACGUUUUAUUCCAUUGAAAUAA